CUCCCCUCAACAAUCACGUUCACUGGGGGUUCAGUCUUAGCAGGACCAAGGGCUUCCCCUUCCACUGGUGCUCUUACUAGGAUAUUCAUUGCUACCUAUGAGGUCAGAGUCCAGAGUCAGUCCAUGUAUAGUCUUUAGGUAGUGGCUUAGUCCCUGGAAGCUCUGGUUGCUUGGCAUUUUUGUUCAUAUGGGGUCUCGAGCCCCUUCAAGCUCUUCCAGUUCUUUCUCUGAUUCCUUCAACAGGGGUCCUAUUCUCAGUUCAGUGGUUUGCUGCUGGUAUUCGCCUCUGUAUUUGCUGGGUAUACAUAAAUCUUAAUGCCUGGCUCAAGCAAUUAAAAUCCAAGAUUUACUCUUGUAUCAGUUGAGAUAAAGUCAAACACAGAUGAUUCUGUCAGCCAGCAAUGCUCAGUCACUGAACAUAGGGUGGAGUGGUUUUUGCACGAUAGGACACUGCUUUGACCUAAUUUUUCCAAACUGAAGGUGAGAUAGUAUCGGUUUCUACUUUCUUAUUUCAAGUUGGCAAGUGCAAAUGCAGUUGAUGAACUGGUUUAAUGAGCCCAGGGCUCUAUGUGGGAGGAGUCUUUGUGGGAGAAAAGAAACACCUGUUGUAUCUGCCAGUGCAAAGAAAGAGUACAAGAACUGUUAUGUUAAUGCAGCAAAUAGAAUGAAUCUAUUAAGUUGAUAUCACCUUUAAGGGUAAAAGGUGCUCCCAGGCUAAUUUCUUAUCUAAGCUAAUAUAAACAGAACUAAUAAUUUUAUGUUCAAAUAUCUAAUCUUUUUAAUCCCAGGUUGUUUAUAUAGGCUUAUAAUUUAUUGCUAUGUUAACAUUAUUAAUGUAUUGCAGAAUUCAAUGGCACACAUGGUUUAUUGUAGCCUUUUCUCUUCUAUAUGCAUCACAUACAAACUCAUUCUUUUACUGAUUACUAUGUUUUGCCCCUAAUUUUAUACAUCAUCUCUUUUUGCUAUCAGUUGAGUGUCCUCAUGAAACUUGGUCACAGAAACAACCAAACAUUUAGAGGGACAGAGAGAGGCAUCAGUGGGUAAACACACUUUCAACUGUUGGGGGAUGUUUCUAUGCACUGUGUAUUCUCAUGCUGAUUCUAUGCCUGGAGAUCUGGAUGGAGUGCAGACUUGGUAUUGACUUGGUGUUGUCAUUAUUAUGAAGCAUUUUCUGACUAGCCUUUUUAAAGCAUUGUUCUCCAUUAGCUUCUUAUUGGUUAAUAAAGAGCUGAUCAGCCAAUAACUGGAGAGAAGAAGGCAGGACUUCCAGGCUGGAGAGUGAGAAGGGAUCUCAGGUGGAAGAAUGAGGGUCAAGAGUCGCCAUGAGGAAGAAAAUGAAGGAGGCCAGCUAAUGGGAUACAUAGCUGGAAAGUAUUCUGGGAAGUAGACCAGGCCAGCACAGUCAGGUUAGAAUAGAUCAGUAUCUGCCCAGCUUAGUGCCCAAAGCCUUUAACAAAUAUACCAGGUCUCUCAUGUCACUAUUUCAGAGAUAGGGCAUAGAAUACCCUCAUACUUGUACAUGCCACCAAACUUAAUGACUUGAGUUUCAUCCUCAGAACCACAUGCCAUGAAAAUACCAACUCCAACAAAACGAGAAACUAGAAGGAAAUAUUGAGUGUAAGGAGACCAUGCAUACCUAUAAAGAUAAGGGCAAAGAGGCAUAACAUUUAUUCUAGGAAGUUUACAAUCUUUUUGUCCCCAGAAAAAGUCCCAUUUCCUCUUAAUGUAAUAAUUCAGUUUUUUCUUGAUUGUAAUUUCUAUUAAGGUAUAAUAACAGUGUAGAAUAAUCUUUAUUAGGUUAAGAAUUGGAGCUGGGGAGGUAUGAAUUCUCAGCAAUUAUACAUAGGCUAGUGGGGAGAAAAAAACCUCUCAUGAUUUAGGAAAGUGACUUAACUCAAGUUACAAAUGACAAUGGACUGUUUUAACAUUUCUUGAUUCUAACUUUAUAGUUUGCCCAGAUCGCUGAGUUAGGUUUGGGUGCUGGAAUUCAAGGAGAAUGCAGGGAAACAUGAAGUUAGCUUGGCCUCUGUGCCUUGAGAGGCAGGCAUCGUAGGUUUUUCAGGUUAGAGUCUAUGCCUCCAGGGGUACAAUGUGCUCCUGAGUAUUCCUGGAAGACUGAUGUACUCCCUCAGGCGGGGAAACAUUCAGGCUGCUUUGUGUUUCUCCAUGUGUUCCUUUAGCAGUCAAGAAAGCAUGGAAGCUUGACUGGAAUAGUUGUUCUUAGAUGUAAAUCUUGUGUACCAUGUAUAACUUGCAAAUAUCACUGUAUCCUGGCAGCUACAGUUGUACUGGUCACGGUAAUUUCUAUUAUGUUCUGUUUCUGAUAAAAGUAUAAAAAGUCUGAUUGCUCUCAAUAAAAUCAUCCAACCUCAGUUGUGUGGUUGCCCCUCAAAUCGAUUUGACUUAAUUCCUUUUGGCCAUAUUAGGUGACCUUGGCCUGGUAAGUAAGAACAGGUGCUUGCAGAAGAGAACAGUAGUAUUAUCUUCUUUAGCUUAAAUGCAAGGUAAUUUUAAAAAAAAUCAGAUGGCAGGCUAGAGAGAUGGCUCAGCAGUUAAGAGCACUGACAGCUCUUCCAGAGGACCUGAGUUCAAUUCCCAGCAACCACAUGGUGGCUCACAACCAUCUGUAAUGGAACCCAACACCUUCUUGUGGUGCGGCUGAAGACAGCAACAGUGUAAUUAUAUAAAUAAAAUAAAUAAAUCUUUAAAGAAAACCAGAUGCUACCAAUUGCUUUGUUCUUAUAGACUUUAUCACACUUCCUUUUGAUUUAGCUUAUGAGGGUCAAUAGAACCAAACCUUCAAAUCUCUUCAUUGAAUGUACACACCUUCACCCAAGUUUUCAGUAAAUGUUGAUUUUUUCCCUAAUUUGGGAAUGGUUCUCAGGUUCGGUUCACAUUAAUACAACUCUUCCUAUCAUCUUUCAUUGUUACAAUACUUCUGAUUGGCUUGGGAUGUAUUUUGCAACACUUUGCUAAAAUUGGAAGCAGCAUCCCAUGUCAGGAGUGCUUAAAUAAAGAAAAUUAACUUUAAAGGGUGAUGACUGACUUGCCAGGGCUUUGGUGCUGUUAGUCUAACUCCUCUCAGAGAUAAUUACGGUUUUACCAAGAUAAUGGCAAAUUUUCAUGCAAAGAAAAGAGUGGGUUGGAUGUUUUCAGAGAAAUAAAUCCUUUCAAAUAGUAGGUCAAGUAAAUUACAGUUCUCUGAGUGAAUCAUAACUCCUCUUCUGGAUUUAAUGGUUUCUUACUACUAGGUGUAUCGUUACGUUAUUGGGUUCACAAAAUUUUCUGUAUCUCAUUUUGAGAAUGAAACAAAUUCUCCCUAUUCUUAUGAGUUUACUUUUGUUUGGGUUUGGUACUGAGGGUUGAGCUGAUCAGCUACAUCCUGGCUCCUCUAAACCUCUCUUACUUUUGUGAGGAAGCUCUCACUUGAUGGCCACCCUCUCCUUGACCUUGCUUUAUAGAUUAGUCUGAGUUUAGAAGGCUAAACACAUUUAAGAUUUUAGGAUUCUUUUAAUUAUUUGUGCUUAGAAUGCUUUGUUUUCAGUAUUUAAACGAUUCUGUUCAUUGUUUUUCCUGAGUUGUCUUGUCUCCCUGUGUUUGGUGCAUGCAUUCACUUGUAUGCACCAUGCUUCCUCUUUUCUAUGUUCCCAACAGGUCUUGGCAGCAGAAACUACUGUGUACUUUUAUGUACUUAUCUAGUGCAAGGGGAAAUUGAUUGCAUCAUAUUUGCUCAGCUUCUUUUUGCAACUUUUUACUGAAGCUAGGCUCCAAGUAUUCAUGAUUUGUUCCUAAAAGACAUGUUGGGUGAUAUUACCUCUCCUCAUUGGAAUACACUUUUUUAUUUUAUUUUAUUUCUCUUACAUUCCCUACAUUUUAAAUCAGUGUUUUUUCAUUUCUUUUUGCUUUUUUGUUUGAAGACGGAUUCUCAUUAUGUAGUCCAAACUGACUCUUAACUCACAAUGUCAGUUACCUGCGUUAUACUCAACUGGAUGUUGGGGGAGAGUAUAUUCACAGACACUACACCAGGCCUAUAGUCAGAAUUUCUAUAGGUAGAACCUAGGAAUCUAUAGUUUAAAAAUGAACUGUAUGAAUGUUUAUUCUCUACACCAAUGUUUGAGAGUCAUGGGCACAGGAAAUAUUCUUAGUAUGGCUUGAGUAUGGUUUGAGUGUUACAUGCACUAGAAGACUGGUCCCCAGUUUGUGUUGGGGUGAUAGAACCUUUAAGAGGGAGGGUAUAGUGGAGGGCAUUUAGGUUAUUAAAAGUAGUGGCUGAAGAGGGAUUAAUGAUGUUUUUAGGGAGAACUACCCAUCCUCUCAAGAGGCUAUCAUAAAGCAAGACCACUCCAGACGUUUGUUGGGCCCCUGGCAUUUUUUUUUUUUAUAUGUUUGGCCCGUAGAGUGGCACUGAUAGAAGGUGUGGCCUUGUUGGAGUAGGUGUGUUACUGUGGGUCUGGGCUUUAAAACCCUCCUCCUAGCUGCCUGGAAGUCAGUAUUCUGCUAGCAGCCUUCAGAUUAUGAUGUAGCACUCUCAGCUCCUCCUAAGAGGCCAAAUCUUUUAAGUUUGGACUCCAUUUUACCGAACCUGACCUAAGUUUAAACUCAGGUAAACUAACAAACAGGCUGGUACCUAGCAUUAGUUUCCAAGUUGCCCCGCAACAAAACCCGAGCCUAGUUCCAGUCUCUAGGUUAAUCCCCAACAAGACCAGUGUUUUCAGGUUAUACCCUCAACAAGACCAGUAUCUCUAGGUUAUUCCCAGCCAACACACCAAAUAGAUUUUUAUUCUAUUCAAACUAGCUAAUGAUAAUAGACUGAACCUAUAAGCCAGCCCCAAUUAAAUGUUGUUCUUAUAAGAAUUGCCUUGGUCUUGGUGUCUGUUCCCAGCAGUAAAACCCUAAAAGAUAGCCCCUUUGUAUCAGACUAUUUACUUCUGGACCUUUGGCCAAAUUGUGACAAAGUCAAUUUGACAUUCAUUGGAGGUCUGGCAGAUACAGCUACCCCAUCUUGGAAUUUUAAUCUCUCAAACUAUGAGUAAACCUCUGUGACUAAGAGCCCAGACUGUGUAUUUUAUUAGAAUAAUAGGAAGUACAGUUCAUCAAGCAAUAGGUCCUUAAGAACUACUCAAGAUUAAUGUAUCAUUCUUUUACUAAUUUCCAAAAAGUUUCCCUCAUGUGUUGACCUUUCUCUUGUAACGUAGACUGCAUUUUCAAUUAUCUCCUGGUUAUGUCUACUUCAUGUUUUCUUAUCCUACACUCAAUAUACCCAAAAAUUAAAUUAUUCAUUGUGUGUCUCUAAUUCUGGCAUCAUGAUAUUGUGAUCCAGGAGUUAUCUGUGGAGUCAUUUCCUAUACUUGUGUUCCAUUAUUUUUACUAUGUAAAUUGGCUAUUAAGCCAAGCCCCGAGAAAGACACACUCAGGUCUGUAUACUGAAUUCUGUUCUGGUCUGGUUAUGGGGUAUGACCCCUACAGAGAGCCUCUAAUUAAGAAAGACAGACACUUUCUGGUGUGUCUAUAUUGGAAGCCCUCUUCCAGGCUUGGGAAGAAAAUUCCAACAGGAAAUUCUUCCCCAGUCUCCAACAAUAAGUUAAGAGACUAAUAGUGGAGAUCCUGUAUCCUGGUUCUGUCUCCUGAGAGAGGUGGUUUCAAUAUUGCUUGAGUGAAUGGACACCCAACUGUGUGAAUGACUGUGCGAAUGAAUGAAUGCAUGAGGAAAAGUUUGGCUCAGGAAGUUAUCUUUUUUUAUUUUGCUGUUGGUGUUGUGUCUCAUCUCUUUGAAGCGGGCUGUGCUGUAUUCAUUCUGCUUAACUUGAUGGAUUAAAAAUUCUGCCAGUUUCUCAGGACUGCUAGUAGGUGACUCCCUCCAUAGGUUGUUGUUAGCAGGUUUUUGACUUUUUGUCUGCCAAAAAAUGUCUCCUUUCUUCUGUAGGAUGGCAAAUUUUCAGUUAUACCAAUCCACUACGAGGCAACACAUCCUGGUUCGUCACCCAAUGCCUCCCCUGCCUAAGGCUCUGCAUUGAGGCUGUUCCCUGGAAAUCCUGGAAAUCCCAGCUUGGGCCUGCUUCACAUGGUAGGAUCCUUUUUUUCACCAGUGAUUUCACUGACUAUGGUUUUUCCUUUGAAGAAGGCAACAGGUCUUCCUGGGCAGGGGCAACAACUUAGAGGAAUCCAAAGCUUUGUGACUGGAAGGCCCAGGCCCACUUCUUUCUGAUAAGCUCCAAGCCCUUACUGCCCUUCUUGGAAUCUGUCCUUUACACCUGGGUGAUUGUCAGCUACUCCGUCUGACUCUUUAAUUCAGAUGAAAGGGAAGAACUUAUUAGGACAGAGGCUAGGACAGCCUUUUUGGCCUUAACUUUUAAGGCAGCUUUCCCAUCCAAGCAUCCUGAUUAAGAACUCAAUGUGUACACAUAUUCCCAGUCCUUAAACACUUUUCAUCUGUAUCUCAUGACUGGUACUUGGGUGCAGAUCAAAACCCACUAAUUUGACUAAUUUGUCUUAAGACUGUUGAGCUUCUUCAGAGCAAAAAGUCUCUUGGGUUGUUUUUUUGAGCAAUUACUCUCCUUCCCCCAGCCCCAAGUUUCAGAACUUACAAUCACUUUUGAUCCACCUACUCCAGAAAGUGUUAGGGCAUUACAUUUGGCUUUUGUCACUCAAUCAGCUUUGGACAUUCACAAAAAUACUUCAAAAGCUAAGCUAGAGGGCUCUCCAGGCCUCUCAAGUUAUUCAGGUGGCUGAAAAGACACAACAAUCGGGACACUGAAAGGCAGAUGCAAGAUGCCUUGGCGGCUGACUGUGCCACAGGCAAGCAGGCAGCUAUUGUGCUGGUUGCUUUUCAGUCAGUUUAGCUCCCUGUUGCUUAUACUUCUCAUGUCCAAUGGGAGAAAUCCUAAAAAAAAAUGAAGAAUGGAACUGGUUCCCAAUAAAAAGACGACAGUAAAGGGACCUUUACCAGUCAGGGAGCCACUGGCAUAAUUAAGGGCUAUCGCCUCACACCUAGAUAACCAACCAACAAUAAACAAACAAACAGCUUGGGCCAGAAAUGGGUCAUUCAUGAGUCACUCCUCCCUGGUGACCCCUGGUUGCCCUUUCCCUUUCGGUGUAGAAAUCUUUGAAAAAUUAGGCAUUACCAUCACUUUCCUCCUCAAGAAACUAUAAUUUCCUUACAUCUCCCUACCAAUGUAGCUUAACUGCCUCUUUGUCUAAAGAAUAUCUUCUAGCUCUUCCAGAUUCCACAGUGUAAACAAAUCCAGACACAGGGUCCCUGCUCCAGGACUUGCAACACUAUUCCCUAAGAUACAGACUGAGACAAAUCCCCCUCCCUUCACAGCUCAUCACCCACCAACCAAUAGAGGGUAAGACUCUUGGCUACAGCCACAUGGAUAAAGGUCUACCAAUAUCCCAUGAUCCAAAAAGCUAGAAUGGGAAUUGCUCCUCACAUCAAAAAGGCUAUGAGAAGUUAGUUAACAUCCUUACCCCACUUGACUUGGAAUGCAUCUUUCCUACCUGUCCAUGAACAGGGGACCUCAGAUCAGACCUGCAUCAGAGAUCAACAGUCCAGGAUCUCUGGGAUGUAAAUGGGUGGAAAUCACUCAUCCUACUGUUCCAAAUCUGUAUGCUUUGCUACCUCUCCUUCCACCAGAUCACCAGCUCUAUAUAUCCUGGACCUUAAAGAAGUUUUCUUCUCCAUUCCCCUGGUACUAGUUAGCCAGUCAGUAUUUGCCUUUGAAGAGACUAAUCCAAUGUCCAACGAGAAUAGCCAGCUAACCUGGACCUACUACUCCAAGAGUUCAAAAAAAAAAAUAAACUAACUAAGGGAUGAUUGAUGUUAUAUCUAAAAUAAUUACUAUGCUCUGCCAGAAAUAAACAUUUCAGAAGUCGAUGUAAAUUAUGGUCUUGGUGAGUUUUGCUUUAAAAACUCUGUACCCUUCAACUGGAGCACCAAGAGACUUUUCAAAGUCAGACCACUGGCCAUCUGGCCAUCAAUAAAAAGGACUUAAAACUUUUAAUAUGCUUCAUUGGCUGAUUAUCACUUUAAAUUUCCUGAGUUCAGAGUUCCUAACAACUGUUCCCAAGUUACAGCAAUUUAAUUCCCAAGACUUGAGAAUGUGUACAAUAAUCCAGUUUUAGAUAUGCACUCCAAGUGUAUGCUUAUUCAGGACCAGAAGGUGCCCAUCUCUUAUUCCCCUUUGGGCUGUACCCACUAGAGUUGCAAGAGGGCUGCCCCUCUCUUUGUUCCAGUGACAGUAGGAAAAAGGAUUGUAGCCUUGAGUAUUAUAGCUCUAAUCAGAGGAGAAAGGAGCCUACAACAGAUACCUCAUCAGACGGAUGCAGACAUUAGACAACUUGAAUUCUAUCUGCUCCUUGUCCAGACAGAGGCUCUGACAAAAGUUUCUUUCCAAACCGGUGAGGUUUAGACUCGUUUUCAUUUCUUAGGGAGGACUUUGUAUGAAACUAGGCGAGUCCUGUUGCUUCUAUGCCAACAAACAGGGAGUAUCAAUGAGAUCUUGCAAAAGGUUGGGGAUAAUUUAGAUAAGUGACAAUAGGGACAAGAAUUAAAUAAUUUGAUACUAUAAAAUGUUUGAAAGCCAAGGCUCACAACCCUUUUCAGUGCCCUGGCUCCUUACUCCUCCUAAUAGGACUUCAGAAUCUAAACAAAAAAAUCUAAAUGAAAACAAAUUAUAUUCCUGCUACACAACUGGGGAGAACCGCGAAGCCGCAGGAGACCAAGACAAGUGAGCUUAUUAUUUCCCAGUCCAUAUCCGCAUGCGCGCUCGCUCACACGCAUGCGCGGCACCACUGCUCCGCACCGCCGCAAGUUUAGCUGGGCAAUCCGCCUUGGUCCAGCCGGAUCACACUUAAGCAGUUGCUUUUUGAGCGUUCCCGGUUCUCUAGACCAGAUCCCCGUCCCUUCCUCUUCUACUCUUUGGCUCCAUGAAAACGGCCAUCCUUCUACUACGUCAGGAACGAAACCAACUUUCCACACGGAGAACAAGACCGUGGGACUCUCCGCACACUUCGGCGCCGGCGGCUGCGCGCGCAGCUGCUCCGCUGCUCCGCCCCUUCCGCCGCUCGAGCGCAAGCACGGCAGCCUCGGCGCGCCCGGGUUGGCUGCCCCGGCGGCUUCCACGGCAGUAAUGGCUUCUCUGAUGUGAUAGUUUCCCCCGCCCCCUCGCGUAGGACGCGGCGGUGGGGCGGCGGUGGAAAGCUCAACUUUAUUGUUCCCCCGGCCCACCUCCCGGCGCGUCCUCAGGAUGCUCGGGAGCUGAGCGCCGGGGGCGGCGGAGGGUCGCGGUUCGUCCCGGCCCUCGCCUCAGAGCACAGGGCCAAGGGAGGGAGGGAGUCACGAUGUCAGGUAGCCGCCAGGCCGGUUCGGGUUCCGCUGGGACGAGCCCUGGCUCCUCAGCCGCCUCCUCGGUGACUUCCGCCUCCUCGUCCUUAUCCUCGUCUCCGUCGCCGCCUUCCGUGGCGGCCUCGGCGGCGACGCUGGUGUCCGGCGGGGUAGCUCCAGCCGCGGGCUCCGGCGGCCUCGGCGGCCCGGGGCGGCCUGUGCUAGUGGCGGCCGCGGUGUCUGGCAGCGCGAGCGCCGGCGGGGCAGUGUCCGCGGGCCUGUCCCGGCUCAGCUGCGCUGCCAGGCCCAGCGCCGGCGUUGGAGGGAGCAGCUCCAGCCUCGGCAGCAGCAGUAGGAAGCGACCUCUGAUCGCCCCGCUUUGCAACGGGCUCCUCAACUCCUACGAGGACAAAAGCAACGACUUCGUCUGCCCCAUCUGCUUUGAUAUGAUUGAAGAGGCAUACAUGACAAAAUGUGGCCACAGCUUUUGCUACAAGUGUAUUCAUCAGAGUUUGGAGGACAAUAAUAGAUGUCCCAAGUGUAAUUAUGUUGUGGACAAUAUCGACCAUCUCUAUCCUAAUUUCUUGGUGAAUGAACUCAUUCUCAAACAGAAGCAAAGAUUUGAGGAAAAGAGGUUCAAAUUGGACCACUCAGUGAGUAGCACCAAUGGGCAUAGGUGGCAAAUAUUUCAAGAUCUGCUAGGAACUGAUCAAGAUAAUCUUGAUUUGGCUAAUGUCAACCUCAUGUUGGAAUUACUAGUGCAGAAGAAAAAACAACUGGAAGCAGAAUCACAUGCAGCUCAGCUACAGAUCCUUAUGGAAUUCCUCAAGGUUGCCAGGAGAAAUAAGAGAGAGCAAUUGGAACAGAUCCAGAAGGAACUAAGUGUUUUGGAAGAGGAUAUUAAAAGAGUGGAAGAGAUGAGUGGCUUGUACUCCCCCGUCAGUGAAGAUAGCACGGUGCCUCAAUUUGAAGCUCCUUCUCCAUCGCACAGUAGCAUUAUUGACUCUACAGAAUACAGCCAACCUCCAGGCUUCAGUGGGCCGUCUCAGACAAAGAAACAGCCUUGGUAUAACAGCACAUUAGCAUCAAGACGAAAGCGACUCACUGCUCAUUUUGAAGACUUAGAGCAGUGUUAUUUUUCUACAAGGAUGUCUCGUAUCUCAGAUGACAGUAGAACUGCAAGCCAGUUAGAUGAAUUUCAAGAAUGCUUGUCCAAAUUUACUCGAUAUAACUCUGUAAGACCGUUGGCCACAUUGUCUUAUGCUAGUGAUCUGUAUAAUGGUUCCAGCAUAGUUUCUAGUAUUGAAUUUGACCGGGAUUGUGACUACUUUGCAAUUGCUGGAGUUACAAAGAAGAUUAAAGUCUAUGAAUAUGGCACAGUCAUCCAGGAUGCAGUGGAUAUUCAUUACCCUGAGAAUGAAAUGACCUGCAAUUCCAAAAUCAGCUGUAUCAGUUGGAGUAGUUACCAUAAGAACCUGCUAGCCAGCAGUGAUUAUGAAGGCACCGUUAUACUAUGGGAUGGAUUCACAGGACAGAGGUCAAAGGUCUAUCAGGAGCAUGAAAAGAGGUGUUGGAGUGUCGACUUUAAUUUGAUGGAUCCCAAACUUCUGGCUUCAGGUUCUGAUGAUGCAAAAGUGAAGCUUUGGUCCACCAAUUUAGACAAUUCUGUGGCAAGCAUCGAGGCAAAAGCUAAUGUGUGUUGUGUGAAGUUCAGCCCCUCCUCCAGGUACCAUCUGGCUUUUGGCUGUGCAGAUCACUGUGUCCACUACUACGAUCUUCGUAACACUAAACAGCCAAUAAUGGUGUUCAAGGGGCACCGAAAAGCAGUGUCUUAUGCCAAGUUUGUGAGUGGUGAAGAAAUUGUCUCUGCCUCAACAGACAGCCAACUAAAACUGUGGAAUGUGGGGAAACCAUACUGUCUACGUUCCUUCAAGGGUCAUAUUAAUGAAAAAAACUUUGUAGGCCUUGCUUCCAAUGGAGAUUAUAUAGCUUGUGGAAGUGAGAACAACUCCCUCUACCUGUACUAUAAAGGACUUUCUAAGACUUUGCUAACUUUUAAGUUUGAUACAGUUAAGAGUGUAUUAGAUAAAGACCGGAAAGAAGAUGACACCAAUGAAUUUGUCAGUGCUGUGUGUUGGCGGGCACUAUCAGAUGGGGAGUCCAAUGUGCUGAUUGCUGCUAACAGCCAGGGUACAAUUAAGGUGCUAGAAUUGGUAUAAAGAAUUUCCUGAAGUCAAAUUGUGUUUGAUCCCCCCAAAAGCCGUCUGCAGCUGAUGAUGAGAAGAGAAAGAAAUGGCAUGUGAUGUCUCUCCCAACGUCGUUUGGAUGUGUUCUGAGUACCUUUUCCCUCCUUUUUGCCUUUGGGACAUUGGGAAUAUCCAGAGAAUUCUCCGCCGUCAGUGUAACUAUGAACUUUGCUGUUGGCAGUGUGGCUAUCUAAUUUUUGUGAUAGGGAAACAAAUUCUUUUAAAUAAAAAUAAAUAACAAAAAAAAAAAGUUUAUCGAGCCACAGCUGAGCUGGAAACACCUUUGUCAGGUGGAGUGAGAGUCUUUCGAAGAAGUAGCACUUGUGGGCUGUACAGAAUGUUCUGGCUGGGGCUGGAAAGAGGCUCGGUGAAUAAGAGCACUGGCUGCUCCUACAGAGGAUCUGGGUUCAGUCCCCAGAGUCCCCAGCACCUACGUAGCAGCUCACUGCCACUUAUGAUUCCAGUAGAUCUGACCUCCUCUUCUGGCCUCCUUGAGCACCAGGUAUGCAUGUGGUGCACAUACAAACAUCCGGACAAAACGCUCACACAUAAAAAUGAAAAUAAAUCUUAUUUUAAAACAAAGAAAAA